CAGUGUUGAAUAUAAUGGAUUUAAAAUGUGCGCAAUGAACAUUUAACGUUGAAUUUAAACAAUCAUUGCGUUACACACAUAAGGAAUAAUGGAAGAUAAUUAUUAUCUUAUCAACUGAUACUAUUUGUUUAGAGGAAAAACGAAGCGGUGUCACUGUCAAAGAGGCACGGAACGACAGAGAGAGAGACGGACGGAGUAAUUGACCGAAAACUCGUGAAUUCUUUCGUCAUUGUUUUCGUUUCGUUUCAUUUCGAGGAAAUAAAUAUUAUACUUCAUAAUAAUACAUGAGAAAGAGAGAGAAAGAGGACAGGGAGGGAGACACAAUGUCAUAGAGGAUUAUUGUGAAGAGAUUCAAAGAUUUGUUUCGUCGUUCUGUCAAAGACAGUCCUUCCAUUCCACUCUCUCUCUCUCUCUCUUGGUGUGCGUCUCUCUCCCUCUGUCUGUUAUUAAGAGAAGACCAUCUUAACAUUCACUGGAGAUUUCUUUCGUUCAAUGCAAAUAAACAAACUAUCAUAAAAGCAUCAUGUUGUCAAAAUCAAAAACAGAGGCGAGGAAUUCAAACCAUCCACCGGUUUUACCAUCCGCAUCGUCAACAAAUACUUUAAUUGUUAAACAAAGUAGGAAGCAAAAAAUGGCAGCGAUUAAACGUUCACUGACAUUUGAACAGACUGGUGGGAAUACAAAAUUAUGUCAUACAUCUAAUUCGCUAUCUCCACCCCCAUCUAUGCCUACAACUGCAUUACAACUACAAUGUACAAAUCAGUGUGUAAAACAAAUUUUUGCAUUCGCCUAUUUAUUACGUACAAAUCCACCAAGAUUACCUGAUGGCAUUUUCAAUGAUCUUAAUUUGAUAAAGUUAUCGUCAGUACCACAAUCAGCGGCAACAGCACUCGCAUCACCAGCAUCGAGAAGAUCAACUGUCAUAUCAAGGUCAAAUGUCAAUUCCUCUUUAACCGGAAAGGUCAAAGUAAUUGUCUGCGUAAAUCAAACAUGCAAUAAUAGUAGUAGCAGUCAAGGCUUGGCAAUGGUAGCGUCUACAGCACUGAAAACAGUUGGUGGCCUACUGCCAACUAAUCAUCCAUUGAGUACAAUUCAUCCAAAAGUCGACAGAAAUUCCCUCUCUCCGCCUACUUCUUCUUCACCGUCAUCAUCAUUGCCAACUAACUGUGUAGAAAUUGAUCAAUAUCAUAAGACAAUCACAUUACUGGAUCCAACACCAUCACGUCGAAGAAACGGUGGACAUUCAAAAAUGUAUAAAUUUGAUGAUAUUAUAACACAGGAUACAUUGAAACCUGAAUUAUGCUCUAUCGUUCUCAAAGAUGCAAUAGCGUCUGUACUCAAUGGAAAGGAUAGUUGUAUACUGACUAUAGGGCAUAAAGCUACUGGUAAAACUCAUUCAAUGCUUGGUUAUGAUUACUGCUCAACGGAAUGUGGUAUUAUCCCAUAUGCUAUAAGUUGGUUAUAUCAAUUAUUGAAUUAUCAAAAAUAUUAUUGUAAUACACGAUUUUCUAUACGCAUAUCAGCUGUUGAAAUCUUUGGACUGAAUGAAGAAUUUCGUGAUCUACUGGCAAAUACAGCUGCAUCGUGUGAUGAAGAAUACUCAGAUCAAUCACCAAGUCAUUAUUUACAGACACCUACAGAUCAAAAUAAACCUUCUUCGUGUGAUAAAAAGUCUUCAGGAACUGCUUCUACUAAUACUACUACACCAAAUACAAAAUAUUAUGAUAAAAGUCAAUCGAUAUCAGCUAAAAUGAUUGAUAGGCUAUCACAUUUGUGUGAAUUACGUGCAUCAAGCGCUGAAAAAGCAGCUUACCUAUUGGACACUGCCUUGUCGAAUCGUUCAGUGCAUACAUGUGACCAAUUGUCUGGCCUGUCACAUAUGCUAUUCACAAUCCAUUUAUAUCAAUGUAAAUUAGAGAAUAAUCAUGAUGAAAUGACAAUUUCUGGAGGUCGAACAAAACUGCAUUUCCUUGAUUUGGGUUGUGGAAGAUAUGGACAACAUUUGAUCAGUUUAAACAAGCGUCAUUCAAAUUCAUCAUCAUCCUUGCCUUCUGCAGCAACAAUGGCGGAAGCAGUAGGAUCUCCACCUGUAUCAUCACCAUCACCAUCAUCGUCAUCGUCUCCUGGUCAAAAUGCUGAAAAUUGUACGACAUCAAAGGCUCUCUCCCUCUCUGGUAUCGGUUGUGUUCUCUUGGCUUUGUUAACUGGUAGACGACAGUUACCAUUCAAUGAUUCCUCACUGACAUAUUUAUUACGUGAAGCAGUUAGCGGGAAUCAAAUACAACCGUGUAUUUUAGCUCAUAUAUCUAGUAAUGUACAGUAUUAUACUGAAACGUUACAAGUAAUUCAACUUGCAACAGAAAUCAAUCGACUUAGACGUCGUAAAGUUGGCAUUAAUCAUACUGGUACACUGUCAUCCAAAGAUAAUUACAACAUCAAUAAUAAUAAUAACAUUAAUAGUCUACCAAUGCAUCAUAAUUCAGAUCGUAGUCAAGAUGACACAGGUUCUUCAUCAGUUGAUACAGAAACAGGAUAUAUUCGUACGCGCAGAUCACUGUAUUCACGUAGACCAAGACUUGGUCGAUUAUCUUACGCUAGAUCAUUGGGAUCCUCAUGUAGUUCAGAAGUCGAUUGUACAUCAAGUGGUGAACAAACAUGUGAUACAGUAAUUUAUGUUGGUGAUAGUAAUAAGACUUCAUUAAAGCCUGUACAUCGUUAUAGUAAUGGUAGUCAAUUAUCGAUUAAUGAAUUGGGUCCAAGAGGACUGGCUGAUGGUAGUGUUGAUGUUCACAGUGUAAAUUAUCGAAGUCAUAGAGGAUCAGCUGAAUCAGUGAUGAUGAUGACGACGUCGGUGAUGAACAGGGAUGAUGAACAAUCGAUAAUGAAAAGACAAUAUUCAGGCAAUCAUAAUCGAUCAGUUAACCCGGGUCAUUCAAAUAAUUCAAGUACAGUGAAACGAAUGAUACCUAGAACAAAUGCUACAGCAUGGCCACGUAUUAUUAAUUUAAGACGAUCCAGAAAGCUGUCUACCUCAUUAUCACCAACAUCAUUGUCAUCGGCUACAGAAGGAGCCACAAACAUUACAAUCACUGAAGAAACAUGGAUUGAUGGUCCAAAUGCCUCAAUGACACCGCCAACACCGACGACUCCAACAUAUAACCGGAAUACAAUAAAUAAUGAACAGAAUCUUGUGAAUUUAACUCCUUCGGAAGAGAAUAUAAAGAAGAAUGAUGGGAAUUGUUCAUCGGCGCCUACAUCCACGCCUACGCCUACGCCUACAUCUGCACCACCUCCACCUCCACCCUCAUAUCAUAAUUGUGUACAUAAUUUAAUUCAAGAUAAUCUUACAACAUCAUUUAUAUGCAAUAUAGAAGAAGUUUGUGAACAGCUGAAAGAAGAACCAAUUAUGAAUUCAAUCCAGACACAAACAUCUUCUAUACCUCAUAUGAUAAAUAUUUAUAAUGCGAGUAAUUCAAUGAAUGCACAAUUAAGAAAUACAACUGCUCCUCCUCAUCCUACAACAACAGCAACAAAAACUACUACUACUACUGAAAACAAUUUUAUCAGUAGUAAUUCUAGUGGUAGUAGUAAUAGUAGUACAUGCUCUACUCUAGAGAGUAAUCAACACAGAAAAGUGCCUAGAGCACUAUCAGAUAUCUCAGAGCGUACAGAAGACGCUGAAACCCUGCAAGAAUCAAAUUCUAGCAGUCGACAGUUGAAUUUAAAUCUGUCACAUGAAUGUUUAACAACAAUAGCAACAACAACAAGUUUUUUAACGUCAUCACAAUUAUUUUCAUUUGAUGAAAAAACAUUCUGUUCAAAUCCAUUUCUUAGUAAUGAUAAUUAUCAAAAAUUCAUGGAUAAUAAUAACAAAAACAGCAACAACAACAACAACCUGGUAUCGUGUUCAGUGAAUACAUCGACAAAACCAACUGAAGUAUUACUUGACAUUGGUAGACAAAUCCGUGAAGCCUCAAAGUGUAACAAUUAUAUGAUUCCAACAUCUUAUAUGUCUGUUGUAAAUGUGCCACAAUAUUUAAAUUGUUUAAAUGAAGAUGAAGAAUUGAUGUCAAAUUUAAAAAUCACUAGCACAACCAUCCCCACCACCACGAACAACAACAACAAAUCACCAUUAUUCAAUCAUGAUGAAUUAAAACAACAUUCAACAAUUACUGAAAAUUUAGGCACUACAAGAGAUGACAUAACACUGUCGAAUUCUCAUCAAAUAAACUCAUUAUCAAGCAUAAAACCAACAGACAAUAAUGAUGGCGGUAGUAUUAAACGUACCGUUUCAUUCAAUGAGUCCAUAUCAAUUCCAACAGUUAGUCAAUGUCAAAACCAACAAAUCAAGACACAACGCACAGCAUCGCAAUCACGAAAACAAGCAUCAAAGAUGAGGAGUGCUGAAAAAUCCCAGGAAGUAUCUUCAUCAAUAUUAAAUAGUAAUAAUAAUAAUAAUAAUAAUGUGACUAACGUUAUUGCUAGUACUACUGCUACUAAUAUCAGUAGUAACAGUUCGCUGUUUCGUGUUGCCCAGUGGAUUAAUUCAAUUACCCCGCUAUAUUCAACGGAUCAAUCUGUUCAAUGUUUCAAUGUAAACAAUUAUUCAGCAUGUACUGCUAAUACUAUCUCUAAUAAAUGUGAUCACAGUGUUAAUAAUUCAAAACAUCAUUGUUUAAAUUCUGCAAAUCAAACAAUUCAUUCAUAUUUAAAUAAUGCGGAUAAAAAUAAUAAUAAGAAUAAUAAUAAUAGUAAUGAUGUACAUUAUUCUGUUUAUUCAACAACAAUGGCGGGAGCAACACCAGCGACAACAGUUGUCAUAACGACACCUUCAACAUUGAAUGAUUCAGCUAUUGGUUCAUUAAAAUGUACAAAACAGAAUGGCUUAUCAAAAAAUCAGAGUUGUAUGGCAAAAAUAUGUGAAAAUAAGCAGACUUUUCCCUUGUACAGCUCAUCUCCAGUUGUCCCACCACCGUCUCUUUUAUCAAGUCACAAUGAUACAACCCCCCUGGGAUAUCCAUUCUAUUCAAUGACAUCUGAUGGUAUCUGUCAAAUUCCACAAUCUCACUCGACACCGGUAUUUAUUUCGCCUCAAGAGACAGCCAUCUCGCCUAGUAAUCAUAACAAUAAUUGUAAUAAUAAUAAUAAUAAUAACAAUAAUUCUCACCCACCGUACACUAACCAACCAACAUCACCUCCAUCAGCCAAUGUAUCAGAUCUUUACACGCAUCAAUUGACUACAGAUAAUAAUCUUGUCGGUACGAGGAAUUAUGAAGCAGGUGAAAGGUUGGAUGGCCUGAGAAAUCAGAUGGCAUUGGCUAAUCCUCAUAACAGUCCGGCUUAUUACCCAUAUUAUCAAUAUUAUUAUUAUCACUAUCAGAAUCAACAGUGUGAUCCCGAUCAAAUAUGCUUUAAUAAUAAUAAUAAUAAUUCAACGGACGAGAUGACACCGAAACAAGCCUUUUAUCCGCCUACAUCACUAUGUCAACCGGAUCAGUUAACACAGAUCAAGUUGGCUCACAAUCUCAAUAUUGGACAGAUACAUGAGAAUUGUAAUCCUAACGAGCCUAACGCUUACCAUAACAAUAAUGAAGAAGAAGAAGAACACGGUGGGGAGGCGAUGGAUAGACCUUCAGAAAAGUUAAAAAUGAAACUGUCCUUGAAAUUUUUAACCCUACCAUUAUUUCGUAAUUUUCGUCUACGUAGAAAAGAGAAGAAAAGAAAUUCAGGGAAGGCGAAUAGAACUACUGAUAAGGAGGAUAAUAAAAGUAGUAUUAGUGUGACAAGAAAUGGUGAUGUUGAGCAAGUAGAAGAAGACGACGACAGAAGUGUAAAACCUUCGCCAAUUUUACAUUCUUUAAGUCUACCAGUCAAAUUAACAACAUUCGGUUAUCAGCCUGUAGAGGGUAAUAAUAAUAAUAAUAAUACUGCGAAACCGAACAACUUAUCAUGUACUGAUAAUUGCUGCCACUGUGAGCAUUCUCAGUAUCUUCGUGAUCAUCAGCAACGUCAACAGCGUCAACUUCCUUCUCCGCCUUCAAUUCCUGCCCCGCCUACACCAACCCUUGGCCCUCAUUCUCAGACGUCAUUUUCACCACUUCAUGGAUAUCGACAUCAUUCUAGUAUUUCUUCUCGUCUCCCUCCUAAUCAUCAUCAUCACCAUCAUCAUCAUCAAACGUCCAGACAGUUUAAUUCGCAUUUAUGGAGUCAACACUGCACUGAGAAUGUUGAAACACCGAUAAUCAAUUAUUGUAAUAAACAUUUGCCGCAUAGUUAUUCAUUACAAAAUAAUGGAUCUUUUCUGAACCAGAGAAAUGAUGUAAAUUUCAGUUUGUCGAAUAGUCCAUCUACAGGAUUUAAUGCCGCCAGUGGGAAAUUAUCCGCUUCAGUGUGUCGAUCAACCCGACGUAGUAUGCAUAUAACUGGAAGUGGAGGAGGCGGUGGCUGUGGGGGAGGACCAUCUAGUAGUGGUUAUGAAAGUAUGCGUACCGGUGCUAGUGAAUUAUCCCUUUCACAUCAAGAUUCAGCUAGUGAUUGUUCUGGUCAGUGUAAAGAUAUCCUCCUGUCAAGACGUUCAUCAUUGGAUGGAUAUCGUCAAAGAUGCAAUAGUCAUCAUCACCAACAUCACCAGCAUCAACAUCAUUCUCAUCAUCUUCAUGUUCAGUCGCAUUCUUCUUCUCAUCAGUCACAACAAUAUGAUCAUCGUUCCAUUAAAUAUAUGAGUAAUAAUCAUGUUUUCCUAACAAUUGUAUAUUUUAAAAGUCAAACUCUUAUCAGCACCACAUUGAUGUACUCGCAUCCCUAUUGGUUUACCUCAGCAUUUUGUUUAAAAGAUGCGUCAUUUCUUGAUCCGAAAUGGAAAUCAGUUGAAUAA